AUGAUUUCCCACUAUGAGUCAGAGCGACCCAGACUUUCGCAACAGUUCAUUGGGAGUGUCAAAAUGUCCAAAGACGUCAAGGUUGAAGGAGAGCGCCAGAAGCACGCCGCCGGAUGGGUUGGAUUUGUGGCUGGAGUGUGCUCUGGGAUGGCUAAGAACACCGUUGGUCAUCCAUUCGACACGAUCAAAGUAAGGUUGCAAGUUUCUGAAGGCCGUUUUACCGGUCCUAUAAAUGCCUUGACACAAACCAUUGCUAAAGAAGGUAUCAAAGGUCUUUAUAAAGGCUUCACUCCCCCACUUGUGGGAUGGGUUCUUAUGGAUUCUGUCAUGCUUGGAUCAUUACACAAUUACCGGACUUGUUUGAUGAACACCAUUUAUAAAGAUGAACAGAGACUCCCGUUGUUGGGUCAUUGUCUUGCAGGGCUAGGGGCCGGGUGGACAGUUUCAUUUGUCGCUGCUCCAGUUGAACAGGUGAAAGCAAGAUUGCAAAUCCAGUACGAUGCUAAAUCGAAAUUAUAUGCCGGUCCUAUAGAUUGUCUUUUCAAAGUGGUGAAGAACAGCGGUAUCACUGGGCUAUAUAGAGGGUUAUUCCCAACUAUGGUUUUCAGAUCGAACUUUGUGUUUUGGUGGGGGUCUUAUGAAAUCUUUACUAAAUGGUUUGAAGACCACACCAACAUGUCGAAAGUGGCCAUCAAUUUCUGGAGUGGUGGGCUCAGUGCCACAGUGUUCUGGACCAUGGCCUAUCCUGCAGACGUCAUUAAACAAGUCAUCAUGACUGAUAGUGUGGAAAACCCGAAAUUCAAGAGUUAUCUGCAAGCCGUCAAAUACAUUUACCAAAAUAGAGGAGGGGUCAGAGCAUUUUUCAAAGGUUUUGCUCCUUCCAUAUGUCGUUCAUUCCCUGCCAAUGCUGCUGCUUUGGCUGCUUUCGAGGCUGCUCUUAGAGUAUUGGAUAAAUAA